CUCUCUUUCUCUUUGCGUGCUUGAAAAAGACGACCUUUCCAUAUUUUCCAUUUGCAAAAACUUCCCACUUAACAUUUCACACCUACUUUAUUUUCUCUCGCUAAGCACUAAUGCAUCGACCGAGAGGACGGAGCGUAUCACAAAUACAAGACGAAGAGAUACCGAGCAUUGAAGCUCAACACGAUUACGUGAACCGAGUCUUAAAAUGGAGCAUAUCCGAUCUCGAACGUUUCAUCAAUUUAUUAAAGGGGCGAGUGUAUGCCGAAGAAGCCUAUGUACAACACUUAAGCAAAAUCAAUCGAGCUCACGCUAUGGCUGAAACAGACAUGUUUAAUUGCUUUGGUAACUCUGAGACGACGUUUCGACGAGCAACACUUCACUAUGAACGUUCCAUAGACCAAACUAUCGUUGUUCGAAAGAAUCUUAUCCGCAGCAUGUGGUCAGAAAUUGAUAAAUUGGUUCAUGUCAAGGAAGCGCAAGAAGCACGGCGAAAGAAAGUCAAGGCCAGACUUGCCGAGGAGAACGCCAAUUACAUCACAUAUCGUACACGCGAAGUACCAAAGUUGCAUAAAUCGUAUAUGCAUCGAUGCAUGGAACUCCAAGGCGCUCAGGAGCAAUUACAGCUACAGCAGCAGCAACAACAAGGCGGAUUUUCACCCAUGUCAAACCAUGGGAGCGAUUUAGAUCUACGCGACGGUGGAGAAUCGACGACGCGUCUUUCAGCGGAUGAACCACGACCACGUCUCUCAGCCGACAACGAUUCUCUCUCCUCGCUUGAAAAGGAUACUACCUUGAGAAAGGGAAUGCAGAGCUUCAUGGCACAGAUGCGUACCCAGAUUGCAAAUGCCACGGCGGCCGCAUCUGUCCAGGAUGUGUCUAAACAAAAUGCAAAAUGUGCUCGCCUUGGAACUGAAAUCAUUGCUGCUGACUUGGAAUACAGAACGGGUAUUCGUGUAUUAGAACGACUUCGUAAGAAACAAAUAGAGACAGCGGCCAAAGCAUUAAAGCAAGUGGAAACCGUGUUUACAGACAAGACCAAUGUAACGAAAUCUGCAAUGGGCGAACUGUUGAACAAAGAACGAUCCACACUUGCAGAUGAAACUAGAAUUGCGGAUUUCACAGCACGUUCAGUAGAGGAAAUUGACGGCCAAAAAGACAUUUAUUUGUUUACAACCGAGUACCAGAAAAAGCGGUAUAUCACACCUUCUCGAAUCUAUUAUGAAAACUACUAUCACGGCAAAUCUAAGGACUUAGCAUUUGGUACAUCUCUGGAUGAAUACGCUGCCGAAUACAACCGAACAGUCCCACUUGUUGUCUCCAAAUGUAUCGAGGCGGUAGAACGGAUGGGUGGCUUGCAAAAAGAAGGCAUCUAUCGUAUUUCAGGAAGACAGAGUAAUGUAGAGUCCCUGAAAUACUUGUUUGAAAAGGGUGAACAGGAAGUCAAUUUGGAGAACUCCAAAUAUGACGUCGUUACAAUUGCUUCCGUACUCAAGAUCUAUCUACGAGAGCUUAAGCAGCCAUUGUUCAAUUUGAGCGUACAGACGCGCAUGGAAUAUGCCACUCUUGAAAAGCAACGGCGUCUUGUUGCACUGCAAGGCAAAUUAUCCUCGUUGCCUAAAAUACAUCGAGACACUUUACAUACACUUAUUCGGCAUCUUGCAAAAGUAAAUGCCCAAAGCCAGGUGAAUAAAAUGAACUUGCAGAAUUUGUCUCUGAUCUUUACCCCUGCUAUAUUCCACGAUCACAACCAUGCCGAAAUACCAGGAGAAUGGCGAACGGACUGUGUGUUUGAGGAUAUGAUGACAUACUACGAACCCUUAUUCGCCAAUGCUGAAAUUCAAAGCCAAAACAAUGCAGCGGCAGCAGCUGCUGCAGCCCAGCACCAGCAAGUACAGCAACAACAGUCAUUUCAUCAUCAACAGCCACAACAAGCACAGCAACAGCAACAAUCAAUGUACCAACAACAACCCUAUUUACAUCAACAACAGCAGCACCCACAACAUCCGCAACAGCAGCAACAGUUUCAGCAAGCAGUAGGAGCAGCACCACAACCUCAAGGAGGAUUAACAAGCGCACAAUCAUCCACUGCCACUUUGUCCUCAUCUGGUAGUAGCAGCAAUGUCAACGCUAGUACUGGAAUGUUACUGACGCAACCACUCCAUCCUGUCAAUUUAACUUCACCUGGACCACAACACCAACAACACCCUUCACCACAACCACAGCAGCAAACAUCACAACAAGAUAUCUAUCGUAAUACGCCACCAGCACGAAUGGCAUCCGCCGAUGCUCAAAAGCAGCCGCGUUCUGCAUCCCUCAAUACUGCCACACCUGUCACUGCAACACCUAGUAGCAGUAGUACUAUUACCGCGAAUAACCGUGCGGUUGUACCAGCAGCAGCAGCAGCAGUACCAUCACAACAACCCCAUGACCAAGCUACUCCUCCUCCUCGUGCUGAUCGUCGACCAUCUCAACCAAUGAUUGCUUCCCCUGAUUCACAAUUUUCAGUCGACACCCAUCAUCAUGGUCAUCAUCAUACUGCCAGUGAAAUGUCGGAUGCAGCUACUUGGAUCGGCAUGGCUGCAUUGUCAGGUGCAUUAGAUAGUAGCAAGUCUGAAACAGCCACGAUGGGCGGUGGUCUUCGUGGUGUCACUGCCCCUAUCGAUACUCGACCCGCAGUCAUAACUACAGCACCAGACAAUAGCACCAGUUCACCCAUAGCAUCACCCGCUGACGACACGCCUACAUCAACACGACCAUCCUCAAUGCAAGCUGCUACUACUACUACUACUA